AUGAGAAUCAAUUACUUAAAUGUAAAGCUUCAUAUGGAAGACAUACAAAAAAAUUUUCUUUUUCCACUUCCUUCAGAGAAAACUUGUGGAAACAAUUAUGUAAUAUCAUUAAAGAAGAAUUUGAUACAAGAAGUUGAAGAUGAUUUAAUUGAAAUAGUACCAGAAUCGUAUACAAAAAUUAAAAAUAAAUUAGCAUUUGAAAAUUUUAUAAAAACAAUUCCUAAGGAUCAAAAUGGUUUGAAAUAUAUCGAAUUUAAAGUGGAAUAUUGCGAUUCAACAAGACUUUUCUAUAUACAAGAGGCAAAUAUAUCAUUGUAUGAUGAUGCUAUCACUCUUGCUAUAAAGAACGUAAAGUUAUUUUUAAAAGUAACUGGAACAAUUGAUGGACGUAAUGAAAUAGAACGUUCAAGAUUUAUUGAUACCAUCUUGUGCAAUAUUGUCUCGACCUUCAAUAGAGAAGAAAAUGUUAAAUUAUACCUUAAAUUUGUUUUAACCAGUCCCUAUGGUAAAGGACGUACAGAUUUUUUUAUUAAGUGUGAUGAUACAAUAGUCUGUAUAACGGAAGUCAAACGUACAGAUCUAGAAUAUGGGUUUUGUCAAAACCUAAUUCAAUUGCAAAAUGCAUGCAAAGUAGUGAAACGAGAUCAAGAUGAUAUUGAAUAUGUAUAUGGCAUUGUAUCUACUGGUGAAAAAUGGUAUUUUACAUUAGUUUCUUCUGAUAAUAGAGAAUCAAGCAGGAAAAUUAUUUGCUGUGAUUCGUUCAAUGCUUAUAGAAAAAUAACAAGUAUUUCAGAAAAUUCUGCUAAUAAGAAGCAACGAUUAAAUGAACUUUUGCAUUAG